AUGGAACAGUCACAACCCUUUAAAAAGAAAAGGAAAUGUGUUACCGACCAUGACAGACACCGGGAAAGUGCCCUAAAAUCAAUACUCGUUAAGGAUUUACCCAUAUAUGAUAUCCGCUGGAAUCUAGGGUUCCUUAAUAAAUUGUAUGAACCAGUACUGUGUAAGGGAGCUCCUGUAAACGGGUAUCUGUCAAGUGCAGAUGUAUUAAACAAAGUUAUCUUUAAGGUGUUUAUGUCGUACUCAGACGCUUUCCAGCUAGGAUUCACAUCCCAUCCACUUCAAAAUGUUAUUCUGAAACCAGGGAAUUAUUUAGAAUUUUCAGAAUGUCGUUUCGUUAGGAAAAUGAGUGACACAAAUCUGCCUCCAAAUGAUUAUGGUAUUUACGAAGUGCAUAUACCUGAAAACAAAACACUCGAAGAUAUUAACACCUUAAAAAUUAUUAAUUGGUUAUGGGUCAAUCAGCGUCACAACUAUGACGGCUGGAUGAAGAUGAUAAGAGUGAUGGUCUUGACUGGACGCCAAAUGCAAGGACGUCCAAUUGAAAAUGACCUUAACAAAAAAUGUAUUUCUACAAGGGUAUCAGUGAAUGCAUUGAUUGGUGACCGAGGCCUAUGCCAUGGUUUAUGUGAUCUUAAAGUUCCGAAACUUUUAAUCGACCGAUCCACAGGAUUAUACAAUUGGCCCGGAUGGGCCUUGACUUUUGAUACGGAUGAAAACAGUUCAUUUCACUCGAGUUCACCCGAUAAUAGUGACUUCGGCACGGAUAGCGCCGACAGCGGACCCAUCGGGGUAGCAUGCAAUCGCCCACGUAUAACGGGUUUUACGUCUUUUACUGAGACAUCUAGUGAAUCCUCGAGUGAAGCUUCGAGUAAAUCAAAAACUAGCAGACUGGACGUUUUUAUUAAUGGCCGCGGCGGAGACUACUGGGAUCGACGUAUGCGUAAACGGUUCGAUUUGUACAUGCGCACAUCGUUCAAUGAACGACGUAUUCGUGGAGCCAUUCGCGAGGCAAGGCGCAAGGUGCGUCUCCAAUAUGACAGUGAACGUCGUUCGAUGGAGCCGCUCUUCGACGCGGAAGCGAAGCGCGCAGAAGCGUUGGCUGCUGAGCGUGUGCGUUCCAAAGUGAGACACCAAAACGAAACACUUCGAGUCAAUAAUUAUCCCGCACCAAGGGGAAAAUCAAUUGAACAUUAUUUGUAUCGGUAUAAACAGCUUAAUCACAAAUUAAAAUCACAGUUGGAGUGUUCGUGGACAAGGUAUUACGGCAAAAAGUUAAUUCCUACAAAUAUAAAUAAAUCGGAGCACCGAAACGAUAUAUCGUUGAAAUGUUGGGUAUCACCAGUUCCCUGGAUUCAUCAAACCGGAAUAAAGUGA